GUGAAGCUCGUUUCCAGCAAACCGAAAGCGCGAGGGAACUCGCUGUCCUUGAAGCCAACCGGCAAGCGGAAGCUGCCCGUAGAGCUUUAGAGGAAGCCAACAGCAAUGCCAGGCGCCUUCGCGAAGUGGAAACUUCUGCCCGUCAGAAUGAUGCGAUGCGAUCCCAUGAGGUCGCUGACAUGUCAUCUCGGAUGGAUGAACUGAUGAGGCAGCUUCAUGCCCAGCGCCAGCAGACUGAGGUAUUGAUUCAUCAGAAUAACGCAUUAAGCUCCAGGGUUCGAGAUUUCGAAGCUAGAGAUGCUGCUUUGAAGAUUCAAGAGGGAAUUCCACAAGGGCCUCCACCUGGCAUUCCCGUACACCCCAUUUCCACUCCGAAGCAUGGAGGUGACACUCCUACGGAACAGGCGACGGACGGAAGGCGAACCCCUCCGGAUGGUUCCAGCCCAGGUGGCGGUGGUGGCGGCGGGCCUGAUGGCAACGGCCCCAGUGGAGGCGAUGAUGAUCAUGAUCGUCGCAGUCGGAAGUCCAAGAAGGAUAAGAAGCAUAAGAAGAAGAAGUCGCGCAGGGAACUCGAGGAGAAAGCUACUGAGAACGACGACUCGGUUGAAGAUGAAGUUGGCAGGGACUACAUAAUCAUUGGCGCUUGGAUUUUCAGCGGGAUGACCGGGAUCACAAAUUCUGUUGAUCGUCAUGCUCAGCUGAUCAAGUGCCUGAUCGCCUUCAUGAAGUCAAGAGGGUUGAAAGAUACCUUUACGUCUAUCUGCAUCAACCAUGGUGGCAAUCGCCGUGUGCAUCGAGAUUUGUUGAAUCAUGAUAACUCACUCAAUCACACUCUAGGCGUUGGAAGCUAUCAAGGUGGUUCCGUAUGGGUUGAGCAGAAGGAUGACUUCCCCGUAUUUCGCGGAGAAGGUGUAGCUGGUGGGAAAUCAAAGUGCGUCAAGGUUAAAGGGGCACUUGAAGUCAACGGAAGAGUAUACGACACUCAUGAUCGAAUGUUAUCCUUCCACCCCAAGCUUUGGCAUCAGGCACAGCCUUGGACAGGUGAUCGAUGGACCAUCACUGCAUACACGAUUCGGGAUGUAGAUGGUUUGAGCUGGGAACAGUCAAAGUCGUUAAUGUCGCUUGGGUUUCAGUUGAAUUCAUCAAGACGGUUACCAUUUGUUCCAUCGUUGAUUACCGGCGACAGCGAUGAAGAGCUCACACUUUACGACUUCGUGAAGAAGAAGAAGGCCGAGAAAGAUAAG